CUCUUAAUCAAAAUCCGUGUUCGAUUUUACAGGUACUACUCUAUGUAUGGACAUGUCGGGAGACUAGCAGAAGAAAUAAAGAAAGGGGCUUCUUCUGUCGAAGGUGUAGAAGCCGCCCUUUGGCAGGUCCCUGAGACACUCCCAGAGGAGGUGCUUGGGAAAAUGAGUGCACCACCAAAGAGUGAUGUACCAAUCAUCUCGCCAAAUGAACUUGCUGACGCAGAUGGAUUCAUUUUUGGCUUCCCAACAAGAUUUGGUAUGAUGGCUGCCCAAUUUAAAGCCUUUCUGGAUGCAACAGGCGGUCUAUGGAGAACACAACAGCUUGCUGGAAAACCUGCUGGGAUCUUUUACAGUACUGGAUCUCAAGGUGGCGGGCAAGAGACUACUGCAUUGACUGCCAUCACUCAGCUAGUUCAUCACGGGAUGAUAUUUGUACCCAUCGGUUACACAUUCGGAGCUGGCAUGUUUGAAAUGGAGAAUAUCAAGGGAGGAAGUCCUUACGGUGCAGGAACGUAUGCUGGGGACGGUUCAAGACAGCCAUCUCAGCUUGAGCUGGAGCAAGCAUUCCACCAAGGGAAGUACAUUGCCACCAUCACAAAGAAGCUCAAGGGAGCUGCUUAAAGUGCACAAACAUACUCAAAUGGAAUGCCUUAUCGAUUCUUUAUCCCUAUAGUUUCAAUUUAAAUUUCCGAUUUCUAUUUGUCUGCAAGUAUAAUUCUUGCUGUAUCUUAUAUUUGUGUUUUCUAUGUGUUUUAUGAAUUACAGUUGUUUAUUAAUAAUUAUAAAGGUUUGUUUGCUCAUGA